CAUUUCUUCCUUUAAAUGUCAUCUUUUCUUAGGUGUUCUGAUGUCAACAGACUAUGAAUCUUCAGAACCUCUGGAAAGAAUACAAAGUUCUGAUUGUUAUGGUGCCUUUAAUUGGGUUCAUACAUUUGGGCUGGCACAAAAUCAAAAGCAGCCCUGUCUUCCAAAUCCCUAAGGACGAUACCACUCAACCAGAUAGUCUGGGACUUGCAAGUCAACCAAAGAGCCAAACCUAGAAGAAGUAGCAGGCUUGCAGUUUUCAGAAAGAAGCACCUUUGAAUCUGAAUUUGAUAAUAAAAGAAGAAAUGAAAAACCCCAGUUGGGUUAGAAAGAACUGGCUUCUUGUGGCUGGGGUGACUUUCGUAUGUGUCCAUCUUGGAACUUACUUUAUACAGAGAGCUGCAAAAGAGUCUGUGAGGUCUCAGUCCAUAACCAACAGAAGAAUAUUGAAGAAUGAAGCAAAAUAAAUACUUGGAAUAUUAAUGUCAUUAAAUUAAUAUAUACUGGUUAUUGUCUGAAAACAGUUUGAUUUUGUAGCUGGUAAUGCUGAAUGUGCAGUCUUCCAUUCAUGAAUAGUUUUUAAUGUUAAAACAUGAUAGUGCAAUAAAUGAAAAAAAAAAAAAUACAGGUGAACAAAGUAAAGCUGCCUGUACAAGUUCCACCUGAAGCAGGAUGUCUCGUUUCGAAGCUAAGAAGCCAUCAUUGUGUAAAGCUGAACCAUUGACAAGUGAGAAAGUCAGGUCCACACUUUCUGUCUUGAAAGGAAUCCUAGCCUCAUGCUAUGGCCCUUCAGGGAGGCUGAAGCAGCUGCAUAAUGGCUUGGGAGGUUGUGUGUGUACAACCUCACAGUCCUCAGCCCUGCUUCGAAACCUCUCAGUCACCCAUCCAGUACUGAAGGUCCUAACAGCAUCUGUGCAGAAUCAUGUGUCCUGCUUCGGUGACUGUGGCUUAUUUACAGCCAUUCUGUGCUGUAACCUGAUUGAAAAUAUUCAGAGAAUAGGCUUGACACCCACAAAGGUUACUAAGUUAAAUAAAUACCUCUUGGGUCUCUGCACUAGUUAUCUUAAGUCUGAAGCCUGUAGUUGUCGAAUCCCAGUUGACUUAAGUAGUACACAUAUCUUCCUUGGCUUGGUCCACAGUGUCUUAACCAGCAAACCUGCCUGUAUGCUCAACAAAAAAGAAGCAGAUCACAUCAGUGCUUUGAUUUUGAAAGCUUUUUUGCUUACAAUUCCAGAAAGUGCAGAAGACCGAGUCAUUUUAGGGAAGAGUAUAAUUGUUCCCUUAAAGGGCCAAAGAGUUACAGAUUCUACUGUAUUACCUGGACUGCUCAUAGAAAUGUCAGAAGUUCAACUAAGGAGAUUAUCACUAACCCAAAAGUCAAGUGCCCUCAAGGUGGCACUCUUCUGUGUGUCUUUGUCCGGAGAUUUUUCUAAUGCUGGAGAAGGAACAGUGGUGGUCUCUUGCCAAGUGUCUCUUGAGAAUGCAGUUUUAGAACAAUUGCUUAAUCUGGGAAGGCAGCUAGUUGGUGACCAGGUAGAUCUUGUCCUAUGCCAAAAAGUUAUACACCCAUCUUUGAAACAGUUCCUCAGUGAGCAUCACAUUAUUGCCAUCGACAGAGUUGGAGUGACUCUGAUGGAACCCCUGAGCAAAGUGACAGGAGCAAUGCCUAUUGGUUCCCUAAACACAAUACCUUCUACUGCUUACGGAAGUGUAAAAGAUUUGUGCUCUGCAAGAUUUGGCUCCAAACAUUUUUUCCAUCUUAUUCCUAAUGAAGCGACUGUCUGCAGCUUGCUUCUCUGCAGCAGAAACGACACUGCCUGGGAGGAACUGAAGCUCACAUGUCAAACAGCAAUGCAUGUCUUGCAGUUAACAAUCAAGGAACCAUGGGUUUUAUUGGGUGGUGGCUGUACAGAAACACAUUUGGCUGCUUAUAUCAGACACAAGAUUCAUAAUCAGACAGAAGACAUUGUCAGAGACGAUGGAUACUCUCAAGCAGAACUCCAGAUUGCUACCGAAGCAUUUUGCAGUGCUCUGGAGUCUGUUGCUGGCUCUUUGGAACAUGAUGGUGGUGAAAUCCUCCUUGACAUGAAGUAUGGACACUUUUGGUCAGGUCCAUCUGCUUCUGCUUCUGUUGUUAACUGGCCAGAUAUGCUGUCAAGAUGUAGGUGUGGCUUGUACAACAGCCAGGAAGGACUCAGCUGGUCUUUCUUAAGAAGCACAUAUCAUCCUUUUGCACCUCAAACCUGCCUUUCACAGGCAGCUGUGGGCGCAGCCAGCAACCUGACUGUGGACUGUUUCACUGCCAAGCUUAGUGGCCUACAGGUGGCUGUAGAGACAGCCAAUUUGAUUUUAGAUCUUUCAUAUGUCAUUGAAGAUAAAAACUAACAUAAGAGAUUGGCAUAUUUAUGUUAUGAAACAAACUAGUUCAGAUGUCUAAGAAAAAAAAAAGAUUAUCAUAUUGUUCUCUCCCAAAAGCCUGUUCUGUGUAGGUGGAGAGAUGAUUUAUAAAAGUAUAGGCUUAUCUACUUAAGGAAGGGUAUGGUUGUUAAAUAGAAAUUUAUAGACGAAUAAUAAUUCCUGAUGCCUUUGCAUCAUCACCAUCACCCCACAUUUAUAAAUACUAAAGAUAGUGUGUCACUUAAGAAUAUGGGAAUUGUCCUUGUACUUUUUUUCCAAGUUGCUCCGAUGAGGGGUGACCCUGAAAUUUUCCCCAAGAGUCUUCACUUUUCAUGAUAGCUCUUGUUUCUAUACAUUUAAUUUUUCAUAAAAGAAGAUACUUUCCUUGAUGUAACAUUGUUGCUCUCAUUUUAAAUAUUGUAAAAAUUUGUUGGGAUGUUUUAAUAAACUCAUUGUGUUCACUAAAG